UAUUAGUCCCCUCCCCAGUAAAAUCAAAAUAAUAACCCGACUGAGAGAGAAAGAGGGAAGAGGAAAUUAAGAUCGUAAAGGAGAAGGAGAUUGAGAGAGCUAUUUUCGGAUUCUCCAGUAAACCCACAACACAAAUCGACUUCGGCGGCUCCAGGGAGGUUGGUUGAAUAAUACAACCUUAAAUGGCUGGUCGGGCUCCAAUUGCCACUAAAAGCUCAGCACUUAUUGCUAUGAUUGCUGAUGAGGACACUAUAACUGGAUUUUUGCUGGCCGGUGUGGGUAAUGUCGACUUGAGGAGAAAGACAAACUACCUUAUUGUUGAUUCAAAAACAACGGUCAAAGCAAUUGAAGAUGCAUUCAAAGAUUUCACCACAAAGGAGGAUAUUGCUAUCGUCCUAAUCAGCCAAUAUGUAGCAAACAUGAUAAGGUUCCUGGUUGAUAGCUACAAUAAGCCAAUACCAGCUAUUUUGGAGAUCCCUUCAAAGGAUCAUCCUUAUGACCCUUCACAUGAUUCAGUUCUUUCACGUGUGAAGUAUCUCUUCUCUGCUGAAUCUGUGGCAUCUGAUCGGCGCUGAGUAUGUGUACAUGUUUCACCCAUCAUGUUGCAAGCGUGACAGUUUUUUAGCUGAUAGCUGCAUGUGCUCUGCUUUGUGCACACUAUUGUAUGCUAUGUUUCUUAUUUCCUUUGCAUUGAUUGAUAUAUCUGGAUACUAUUUAUUCUCUUUCUGUGCCUAAUUAUGAAUUAUCAUUGCAAGUUGGGUUUUGUUUGUUAUGAUAAUAGGAAUAAGUUGCCAUCUUAAAAAUGUUCUAAAGAAAGGAGUUCCUGCAGUUGCUUCU